AUGGCCGUUCUACUAAAGUCUCUUACAAGUAUAGCUUUACUAUUAGGAGUUAUUCAAGUCAUUACAUGCCAGUUCGACGGGAUGAAGAUAGAAUGUAAACCCAAAGACGUCACUGUUACUCUCAGUCAUCCCGGCUGUACUCCAAAACAAGUCGUUGUAUCAGCAUGUGAGGGAACCUGUAGAUCUCUAAGCUACAUUCUGAUGAAAAGACCGUGGUUUGAUACUCUCUGUGAAUGCUGUAAACGGACGGGAACAACCAAGAAACGAGUCAAGUUAGAUUGUAAGGGAACAUCGCACACUAAAGAAAUUCGUUCCKCAAGUGGCUGUAAAUGUCAACAAUGCAAGUUUUAG